CAACAAGUUCUCGACUGAUGUGAAAAUUAGGCAAAUGCAGCCAUUUAGUUCUACGAAACGUAAAGAAGAGUGCAUUGCAAUAAAUAUUUGAAUGACCUCUCAUCUACCUACCAUUUCUAGAGUAAAUGUAUGCUUCCCUUUCUACCUAUAUAAACAUAUAACCAUCCAUGUUUAGGGAAAAUUGUAAAAACAGUUAAAAGCAAAUAAAAGCGAAGCAAAAUGCCAAAAACACGAAAUCAAAUAAUCAAUGGGUUCUUCAACUCCGAUGAUUGGCCGCUAAGUUACGACUUGGUGAUGAUGCAUGCAAUUCAUGAGAAUUCCAUUGAACUGGAAAACCUAGAUACAGUUGAGGUUUUCAACGGCGUCCUCCUCCGCGCUACAGAGGAGAUCUGUGACUACAUUUCAGAAGAAAUCACUUUUGAAGAUGUGAAACUAAGAGUUCAUAUCAUUCGAAAGCGAUUUUAUGCUUUCUUGAAGUACAUUUCGAAGCCCGGAGUCAAGUUCAACCCUUGCACGAAAAAGGUUGCAGUCGACAUGGUUAUAUUCUCCAAGGAGAAUAAGGAGACAUGGGAGGAACGUUGGUUUCGUGUCAACGGUUUUCCUGUGUACGAAAAUGGGGGUUAAUGUGAUAUAUUUGUUCAAAUCCGGGGUCAAUGUGCAAUAUUGAUGAAGU